CUGUCUCUCUUUGUCAUGAGAAGACUUUGGACUUCUCUGCGGUUCCUUAUGGAAAAAAAUACAUUAUCAUGAGUUAAAUCGUGCAAAUGUAGCGCAAAAAGUCAAGAAUAUGGCCAGGAGAAGAGAAGAAAGUUUCGCGGUCAAUGGGGUCUGAUUGGCUGAUCGAUACUCAGAAGAUGCUGUGGGAUAUGUAAAGAUUUCUGGAAAUACUGUCAGACAGUAAGGGUCUCGUCCAGCUGAAAUCUGCAGUACGAGGCUGUAUCAGAGGAACGAGGUCAACAUGAACAGCAGCAUGCUUCCUCAGAGGAGUUCAAUGAACACACUUGGCUACGGCACAGACUGUGUGAAGUUGGAGCCCAGUGGUCCAUCUGUGGGUGGGGCCAUGAGGAGCGGUCGCUCUAAGGCGGAACUGCAGGAGCUGAUGGAGACGCUACAGCGGAGGAAAAGUGCUCUGGAGGCUAGUCUGAGGGCAGCCGAGUGCAGCAGGAAGUACCUGAGUGUGCCCUCUGCCUCGGGAGCCCAGCCCCCUCGGCCCCUGUCGGCCCUCAGCAUGGACCGGCCCCCCUCCACAUCUAGGAUGCUCGCCUAUGUGUCCAGUGGAAGCAGUGUACCUCCCUCUCCUCGCCAGGGGGAGCGCCAGAUCACUUCCAAUGGUGUUCACCGCCACUCACACUCUCGCCAUCAGUCCCAGGACAGCCUGCUCUUGUCCAGUGAUGGGAGCUCUCUGCUCUCCCCUUCCUAUGACCCUGUGCCACGUUCUCCUCGGAUCAAGAGUGGUGCAGCCAGUGUCCCCUCCAGUCCCCGUAUGGGCCGCAGACUCUACUCCCAGGUUAAAGCAGGGGAGUCCCGCCAGAGGAAGUACUCCACCGGAUCACUGACCAGUUUAGGUACUCACAGUCGCUCUCUGCCUCGCCUCCACAACCCUGCUGACCCCCCCACUUUGUCACUGCCCUUACGUAGCCCUGCAGUGUCGCACAAGGCAGGGGGCUCUGCUCGGAGAAGUCUAUCCUCCUUAGAGCAGCCGCCUGAUGUGACUGUCCCAGCCAGCAUGCCCAACACCCCACGGAGGGCAAGCAUGGCGUCUCUCAGCUCUCUGGGUGCAGACCUGGAUGGGACAGGGUUAGACCUGGGCUUUGGAGAAAGGAGGAUGUCCUUUGGGAAGGGGGGACUCAGCCCUGGACAAAGAGUUGGCAGCAUCAGCUCUCUGAAUGGGAAAGAGGAGCUGAGAGACUACCAUCAGCACCAAAGAGACGAGCGACUUAGGGAGCAGAAAGUUCAAAGACUGGAGUGUCAACGCCUGGAGACCAUUUUAAACCUGUGCACAGAGCUGGAGAGGGACACUUCCAGUUCAGCCGUGUCCAGCCUUCAGAAGAUCAACAAAGAGCUGGAGAAACUGCAGGUCUCGGACGACGACUCUGUGUUUUCAGACUCGCCCAGCAGCAGUGCUCCUGACACUUGCUUCACUCCCAAGACCCGAGACUACCCCCUGUGUGAGGACCCUGCGGUGGGCCAGAGGGGUCAACAGAGCGCAUACAGCGGGGUCCGGUCACACUCACCUGCAGUCAGCCUUAACAGCAGUGCCCCCUCACCCUCCACACACCACAGGACCAAAGUCUUGGAGAGUGUGCAGCUGAAACAGGAAGUAACACAGAUUGAAGAAGAGCGCAUCCAGGUUCUAAACAACAUCGAGGAGCUGGAGCAGAAGAUCAAAGACCUGGACAACCAAAUGGAGGAGUCCAUCAGAGAGAUGGAGGUGGAGCGUGCAUUGUUGGACGGGGAGCAUGAGUCUGAGGUGUCGCAAUUAGAAAGAGAGAAAGAGCUCCUGGAUCAACUCAAAGAAAAGAUUCACAGCAUUGAAAAACCAAAUGGUCCCGAGAAGACAGAGGAGGUUGAAGAACAGGCCAAAAGUUUGGAGGAGUUGGAUUUUCAGAAAUUAGAGCAAGAAAUUAACCAAGACGAGGAAAAAGAGAAUCAAAGCCAAGAGCUGCUGCGAGAGAUUGCAGAGUACCAGCGCAUUUCUGUCACACGCAAGGAAAGGAUUAUGACACUGAAGAAACAGUCCACACAGAUUACCUUGCAAGCACAGCAAGAACGAGACAACUUCCAAAAAGAGAAAAACAAUUUGCUUGUCAUGCUUCAAAAAGAAAAAGACAAAUUAGCAUCUCUGGAAGAAAAGUAUGCUGAGUUAUCUGAAGGACACGCCUUUGCUAACAACCCUAUUAAAGAGCAUUUGCACUCUCUGAAGGAAAGGAGAAGGAGCAAGGAAAACUCAUCCCACCAAAGUGACAGUCUACCUCACAAGAGGAGCCAGCAGAUUCUCACAUCCUACAGCAGGUCUAUGGGACAUACACUGCCCCCAAAGGCCCACCCCCCUCUGUCUCAGAGCUCCAGCUGUGGCAGUGUGCUUCCUCCAGGAUUCACCCUCUUAUCCCGAGACCUCAACACCCGCCGCCUGCAGAAGAACAAUAAUAACCACAUCCAGAUGAGCGACGAGAGACAGAGGCGGAGCGAUUUCUGCAGCCGGAUGGUAUCCGAGCCCAGUGUGUUUUUGGACUUUUCUUUCGCCGACAACAGCCAAACCUCGGACACAGUCAGCGUGGACAGCUCGGACAGCCUGGAGACCAGCUUCUCAGCAUGCUCCCCGGACAAUAUCUCCAGUGCGAGCACAUCCAACAUGGCCAAAAUAGAGGAGAUGGAGCGUUUACUUAGAGAGGCCCAGGUGGAGAAGCAAAGGCUGCUGGAGCAUCGAGAGCGCGAGAUGGAGAUUCGCAAACAGGCCCUGGAGGAGGAGAGGAGGAGGAGAGAAGAACUGGAGAAACGGUUACAAGAAGAAACAAGCAGACGACAGAAACUAGUGGAGAGAGAGGUCAAACUACGCGAGAAGCAGAGGUCGCAGUCCCGCCUCCUGUCACGCUACCUCCCGGUCAGGAAAGAUGACUUUGAUCUACAUGGACACAUCGAAGCAGCUGGACACAAUCCAGAUGCGUGCUUUCAUUUGGCCAUCACUGAUAAAACCUGCCGGGGUUUCCUGGUCAAAAUGGGCGGAAAGAUCAAAACUUGGAAGAAGCGCUGGUUUGUCUUUGACCAAAACCGCAGGACACUCACUUACUAUGCAGACAAACAUGAGACUAAGAUGAAAGGAGUCAUCUACUUCCAGGCCAUAGAGGAGGUGUACUAUGACCACUUAAAAAACGCACACAAAAGCCCAAACCCUUCUCUGACCUUCAGCGUGAAGACACAUGAUCGAGUAUACUACAUGGUGGCUCCAUCUCCAGAGGCCAUGCGUAUCUGGAUGGAUGUAAUAGUCACAGGUGCUGAGGGACACAUGCACUUCAUGGUCUAACACAUGAACAUUGUCUGGCAAAGAACACCACUCUCUUUACAAGCCUCAUUUGUUGGAGCACAGUAGAAAGAGCUUGUACAGUCAUGUUUACUGUGACUACAGCUCACUGAAUGCCACUACAAAAACUCAUAGGGAGCGUUAUACACCACUUAAGCUAAGUAAGUUACUCAGCCAAUAUUAAGUAUGGCUGUGUAUAUUAAAGGGCAUUCAUCGCAGUAUCCAACUGCCUUACAGCUCACAAUUCUUUAUGUUACAGUAUUUCAUAUUUUAUUCUAUUCUUUGCAUUUAUAUUAUAAGCUUCAUUUGAAUGUUAGACCACGUUGUUGCAAAAAUGCACAUAUUCUAUUUUACCUCAUAUUACUUCCACCCAAAUCAGGACUUUUUCACACAGAGUUUACAGUUACCAUGAACAGUGUUAAAAUUCACCUUAUUUUGAUUGAACCUUCAUUAUCUUCAGUAUCUUUCUGAUACUAUGUUUAACAUUUAUUUUACAUGUAUUUAUAAUUAUCUGGCACUUUGUAAGUUGUAUUUUAGACUUAUAUAUAAAAACAUAACUUUUGACAAAUGUGCAGCCCGUGCCUUUUAUUAUUAGUACGUGUAGACAAUGGAGUAGUCGACACUGCAAUGUCUUAACACCCAUUAUUGCACUACCGCUGUUCACCGGCAGAGGGCCUCAGUGCUGCGUCUGCACUAAAAUGACGUAAUGCUUGGCUGACCGUUCAACUGUAAAUGAUGCGUCACGUUUUAAAAGGAUCAAAAAUGAGCAUAGAAUCGAUUAUGGGAAUUAGCAGACAUUGUACUUCCUUUAGAAAAAAAAAAUCCUAGUUUUUGUUAGCAUUUAUCCUUUAACAGAAUAAUCGUCUAACAGCAGAUUUGUAUGUUUUUGAUGUGUAUAACUGUAUUAGUCACUUUUAACCCAGAGUGAGCAGCUGUUGACCCAGAGCGGCUGCUGACACAAUUUGUGGAUGAGUUGUUUUCUGUGCUGAAUUUUUAUUUUAGGAGAUGACUUAUCCUUAGACUGCCCUCAGUAUGACACAGCUUGAGACAAAAGAAAUGUUUUUUUUAUACAUUUUAAUAUUUUUAUGUCUUUAUGUUUUUAUGUUAUGUUUUUACCAAAACAAUAGCCAUUCUAAUAAUAAGAUGCAAUGUUUUUUAAUUGAUUAUGAGAAUAAAUAUUUUCAUUAUUUGUGAUGAUAUGAUUGCAAAAACAUUCUUAUGAUUAAGUCUAUUUUGCAUUUUGAACUCAAGGACUUAAAAUGUGCUGAUGUGGAAAUCCAAUAAUAGCUUAAUCAUUCCCUCUUUAUUGCUCUACAUAAAUCUAUAUUGACUGCUAAUUUCUACAUGACCUAUACGCAUCUAUACAGUGAGUAAGACCCUUCCAAAGCCCCGCCCUAUUUACCAUUUCUAGCCUCCUAUUGGUUGACCUAGUGAGGUUGGCUUGGAUACUCAGAAUGAGGCGUGCUAAAUUAGGCUCUAAAAGACUCUCCAGAGGCAACACAUACACAAACACAUACACUUUAUAGAGUUUAAACAGAGUGUCAGGAUAGCCCCACUGCAUUAUGGGUACUGUAAUUUGUUUAGCAAUGGCUGGGUUUAAGAUCACAGUAGAUAUUCAUAAGAGGGGAUAUCAUCAAACAGCUUAUGCAAAGUGGCCAUAAAGAGCAUUGUGCUGUCUUAUUAGCAGAAGUGUGACAACCACAUUGCUCUUAAUCAUGUGAAUGCAUCAUGACAAAGCGUUGCAUUCAAGUAUCUGUUUGAACAGUAUCCCGUGUUAUGGGAGAGAUUUGUAAUGCUAACUUGACUGAAUAUAUUUUAACUAUUAGCAAUUUGUUCAGUACUAUUUUUUUUAUAAUACUUGCUAAUAUUGGUUGGCUGAUAUAUCAGGAUGAUGUUUAGACUUUUUAGUUUAUUGGCUAUGGGCUUGAUAUCUCCAGCACAGGUCCAUAUUUUUGUUUUGGUCACACUAGUACCUAAAAAUACAGGCAAAGCUUUAUUUUAACACUUUAAUGACACUUUAGUAUUAUUAAUAUGAACAAAACAU